CUCCUUGUGCACUGUUCGAUUCCGUCCCACAAAAGUCUCUCGCCUCCCUCAAUCCCCUUCGCCCCGCGUCGCCGAAACCCCCGCCUCCUCCGACGGCCCCCUCCUCUGCCCGUUCCUCACGCCCUUGAAGCGCCGGCCUGAUGCGAUUCCGUCCCUCGCUGUAAUCAAGUCCUAGCCCGCUUCGAUUAUCGGCUCUCCGUGGGCAAUCGAGAAUUCCGCCGGCUAUUUCUUCUCCAAUAACCUACCCAAGGUAUCGUUUCCAGGAGCCCUGCCCCCAUAGUAGCCAAGAGGCCGGCGUCGGGGGCCGAUUUGCUGCUACUUUUGAGGAGUUGGUACCCUGUCGGUGGCCCGUUGGCUGCAGGGUCUUGGUUCGUGGAGUUCUUUUCAGGGCUUUUCUUGGGGGGGUCAUGGGAGCUUUCUGCUCGUGUUUGCAAGCCGAUUACUCCGACCACCAUGGCAACCAGACUUCUGGUGCGUUUAGGAACUGCAUGUGCCUCAGGUGUUUUACCCAGCAGCUGAUCAACGCUUACACUGUUUUAUUCCGAGUUGGAACGGUCCACUCUGUUUCUCAAGCUAUAGAAGCCACCCCGCUUGAUUCAUCUGAAAGUUCAUUCGAUACAUAUCGUUCACCUCCAAGACCACUGCCAUAUGAUGAUCCUAGAUUCUCCCCUCCUCUGCGCGACUGGUUUGCAUCAAGGCAUGAUCCUUCAAGCCAUUCACCAGAGGAAUCAGAACCACUCAGACCAAAUUAUGAUGAGGAAAUGGAAACGAUGAGUUCAGUCGACAAGCCAAGUAAAACAAACUAUGACACAAAAAUGAAAAGAAGCAGCUCUGCUUAUGGAGAUAAGUUGUCCCGAAAGGAAUCUGGAAAUUAUUUCACCUACUUUUCUCCAUCUACUGAAGAUGAAGAUGUCUGCCCAACAUGUCUUGAAGAUUAUACUUCGGAGAAUCCUAGGAUAGUAAUGCAGUGCUCACAUCACUUCCACCUUGGCUGUAUCUAUGAGUGGAUGGAAAGAAGUGAGGCAUGCCCUGUUUGUGGAAAGAAAAUGGAGUUCAACGAGACGACUUAGACCUCAGACUGGAGCAAGUUUAACAUCUCAUAUGGGAACCUGAAAAUAUAGGUACCUAGUCCUGCAAAUACUCUGUAAAUACACCUUUGUAAGUAUUGAAUCAGCAGGGUGCUAUAUUUAGUAUACUGGAAUUCUUGAUAUGUUGGAACGGUGCAUAUAAACAUUUCUUUCUUUUAUUUUUCUUCCAAAUGGCCGGCAGGGGAAACUUGUUCCCCUUGGUUUGUGCCUCAGCGCUGUUGCGAAUGUUUUGAUUCUCAAGUGAUAGUCACUGGGAGGCUGUAAGUUGAUGAUAUUUGUUAAUAUAAUAAUCAUAUGAAUCCCAUGGUUCUCUAGAAA